ACAUCUCCACUAGAUUGAGCACACAAAACCACAUCAAGUCACAGAAGUAGUGGAACAAUGCAAAGUUUUCUUUUUGUUUCACGUGCAUUGGAUGUUCCUUCAUAAAUGAAGAUGAGUACAUCAUUGUCCAAACCUCCCACUGGGCGGCGUGAUAUGGCAGCAGGAAGUGUUCGAAACUAGAACCAUUGACGAGAAGACAGUCACUAGCACAAACCAUACCAUGGAUCGCUUAGUCAAAGAUUCAUAAGGCGUAACCGGUGGUUGAAAAAUCUCUAGGGAAUAAACUCAACUUUAAUACAGUUUCCUUUGUUCGAAUCGUGGGACAAAACUUUUUUUUUUAACAAAAGAAAUACUGACAAUCUUAUCAGAGUUAAAGUACUUAACAGCGGCUACAUUAACGAGUAGCACACAAGGGUACAUCUGGGUUAAACGGCGUGUUCACGUCUGUGAGCUGUGUUAUUUGGUUAAGCAAAGACUACCUGGAAAAAACCAGUAGCUUCUGUAAACAUCCUUAUUGAAAUCGAAUUGAUUCAGAACUUGUUGCUAUGAGAUGUUGACUGUAUUAUGUUUUGUCUUGAUUGCUACUACAGCUACUGGCAGCUCUGAAUGGGAGAUGAAUGGUGCUCCGAGAUUUAUAAAUGACAACAUCCAUAAUGAAAGAGAUGUUCAGGUGCCAAAAAAUGUGCCACGUCCUCCCAGUAUCUACUUUGAGCCCCCGUAUGAGAUUUACUACAAAGCUGGUGAAACAUUUGAGCUUCCAUGUGAGGCAGAUGGUGAACCUAAGCCUACAUAUGAUUGGAACAGAAAUGAGAUUGUGUUUAAUCCCAGUGGUAAUGAUGACAGAAUUGUGCAAUUGCCAGACGCUGGUACUUUGGUUAUCAAUAUGCCAGAAGACAAAGAUGAAGGCAUUUUUCAAUGUUUUGCAAUAAAUGAUUUUGGAAAGUCUGCCAGUAAAAAGGUUAAUUUGAGGCAGGCCAAACUGGCAAGUUUUGCUUUUGUAAAACCUACUUACCAUAAGCCAUAUUUGGGAAGACCUUACACACUUCCCUGUGUACCACCAGAAAGUGUUCCUCCUGCCAGUGUCUUCUGGAUAACUAAAACAGCUCAAGGAGGUUUUAAUGUUGUCAAUUAUGACUCCAGGGUCUCCAUGGACAGAAAAUAUAGUCUAAGGAUAACUAAUGUGGUAGAAACCGAUGCCAAUCAAGGACUACCUUACGCUUGCAUGGCUAUGAACAAUGUGGUGAGAAGUCAUGUUGAAGGUCCCCUUCACUUUCUUGCACCAACAGGAGACACUGAAGUCACACUACCUGUAGCUUACCUCUGGUCAGACUCGGAGGACAGUGUUGGUUUUCUCGGUACAACAGUUUCUCUGAAGUGCAUGUUUUCUGGAAACCCCACUCCCGAUGUACACUGGGAACGAGCUGACAACAGAACAAUGUCUGAUAGGGUCCUAACUACCUAUACACCGCUCGAGAUACGGAUUAGGAAUCUGCAAUUUGAGGAUGAAGGCGUUUACAUUUGUUGGGCAUCCAAUAGCUUAAGCGACAGACUUUUAAAUCGCCAGAUUCAUCUCACUGUACACGCUAAACCUUACUUUGUGCUAGAACCUAAAGAUAUCAACAGUGGUAUAGGGGCUACUAUAGAGAUCUACUGCAAUGCAAGUGGUGUCCCUGAGCCUACUUUUGAAUGGCUUGUUAAUGGAGUUUUACUUCAAGAUGUGAAAGAUUCUAGACUUACUGGACCAAGAUUUGCAGUAAUGGCUAACAACAAACUAGUGCUCCAAAAUGUAACACUGGCAGAUAAAAUGGUCUUUCAAUGUAAUGCCUCCAAUCAAUAUGGAUACGUUUUUGGAGACUUUUAUCUAAAUGUAUUAGCUGAGGCACCCAUUAUUCUAACACCAGCUGGUACAGUAACAGAAAUAUCUGAAGGAAACGAUGUUAUGAUAGUUUGUGAAGUGACAGGCCUGCCAGCCCCACAUGUGGCCUGGUACAAAGAUACAAUGUUACUGACAGCAACAAGAUACACAGCGUUAUCAAACGGUUCUCUUCUCAUCAAGAAUGUUGUCUUGGACGACGCGGGCAGCUACCUCUGCCUGGCAGAAAACGAGCUCAAUCGGACACAUGUCAAUUUGACUCUUGUUGUGUGGCGCAAACCACGCAUGGUCAAGCCCCCAUCGGACCAAGUAGUCAUUGUUGGAACCUAUGUUACCUUCACCUGUACUGCCACUUUGGACGCCGAGAGCAACAGAUCUGUCAGAACCCUCUGGAAGAAAGAACACUCUUAUAUAACAGAAUAUGACCUGGGACUGGUCGGCUAUAACGAUUCGCUGUUUAUUGUUCAUGCCAGUGGUAGAGAUUCUGGGUUGUAUACAUGCUUAGCAAUGAAUGGCUUGGCUAACAUCACAGCGUCGGCCUCUCCUUUUAACAGACCUCAGCCACCAUUUGAUGUGAGCUGGACAACUUGUCAGAAUUACGCAACAAUCACCUGGCGGCCUGGCAGGGACAAUGGUGAACCUGUACAGUAUUACGUCAUCCAAUUCUCGACUUCAUUUUAUUCGAAAAACUGGAAAUUCGGAUUAAAAGUGAAUGCCUCUUUCAGUCAAGUCAAUAUGACUCUGUUUCCUUUUGUGAAUUAUACAUUUAGAGUGAUUGCUGUGAACAAGAUUGGGGAAAGUGAGCCCAGCGAGCCGUCGAGAAAUGUCUGUAGCACUAAGGCAGGUAGACCAAACACCCACCCACACAAUGUAAGAACCAUCGGUAGCUCGUACGGCAGACUCCACAUUAUGUGGACACCUGUGUCUCCAGACAAGCAAUGCGGGCCUGGCUACUUCUACCUGCUACAGAUACAGAGAGUCAGGGGGCAGUUACUACUAAAUAAGACAAUUGAUAAUUGGGAGACAAGUUCUUUUGAAAUGGUUACCGCAUUGGUAUAUGAGCCCUAUGAAAUCACCAUUAGAUCAAUCAACAGCUUAGGAGAUGCUUCUACAGAUCCAGCAACAAUAAUCGGUUAUUCAUAUGAACACACACCAACAGUGAGCCCAACCAAUUUCUCUGUAGAAGAGGAGGGAGAUACGUACGCCAUUUUUCGUUGGGAGUUUGAGACAUCUGAAGUAGGGAAAUACCAGUCUAGAAUUAGAGGAGAAUUCAAAGGAUUUGCGAUUAUAUUUUGGGAAGAGAAUAACAAGGAGCUUACUGUAAGAGAACACGACGUUAGUUCAGACGUCUUGAAAUAUGCAAGUAUGAAUACAUUCACUGCUAGAGUCGAUGGUAUGGUACCAAAUAGAAAGAUGGAGGCCCAGAUAGCAGUCAUGAACAAUUAUUACCUAGGAAUACCCACAGAGUCUAUAUCCUUUAAUACUACGCCUGGGUAUUUAGGUUCUGUGGAAUACCUUCGUGUUGCUGAAGCUGGAGACACAUAUAUCACUUUAAAGUGGGCAGGUCCAUUUGAAAGUAAGGGUGUAGUCGUUGGCUAUGAUCUCUUGUUCUGUACAGUCCACGGAUUGUCUCUCGGUCCACUCAAAGCUAAAGAACCUCAGAUAAAUGACCCAGAUGAAACACAGGCCAACAUUACUCAUUUGAAUUCAAGUUCGAAAUACAGAUUUUAUAUCUACCCCCGAUCUGUGCUGGGGAGAGGAGAGGAGUAUUUUAUAGAAGUAGUCACCGCCGACCCUCCAGCUCGACCAGAUCCUCCCAAAAAUGUGAAAUGGACAGCUUGCGACUCCAAUGCUACUAUUGAAUGGACCCCUGGAAAUGACAAUAGGUCGCCGCUACAGUUUUAUAUUCUGCAGUUUCAAACUACCUUCAAUAUGGACGUUUGGGAAUUCGGCUUAAAAGUUAAUGCUACCUAUAAUGAGGUCAACAUGACAUUAUCACCAAAUGUAAAAUAUAGAUUCCGGCUUAUAGCUGACAAUGGUGUUGGUGCCAGCGACCCCAGCUUUCCUACGAGUAGAAUCUGCACCUCGUGGCCUGAAAAGCCAGACAUCCAUCCAAAGAAUUUGAGAUCACUUGGAGAUAAGUACGGCAAGCUCUACAUUGAAUGGACACCUGUUCCAAUAUAUAUGCAAAAUGGUCCAAACUUUCACUAUUACUUAGAAAUAACUCGACUCUCUGAUAACCAAGAAAGAAAUGAGACAAAAAUUACUAACUGGACAGUCAGAUACUAUGAACUUCCUGUUCGAUUUCCAUACGAGCCAUAUCUAGUUACCAUCAAAUCUGUCAACAGUGUAGGAGAAGCGAGUGAAGAACCUCCAAAAAUAAUUGCACAUUCGUACGAAGACGUUCCGAUUAUUGGCGUCACCAAUGUGAGAGUGGAAGCAGGUAAUACAUCUGCUCUUGUGAAAUGGGAGUUUGAGAAUCGGGAAAUCGACAAAUAUCAGAGCAAAAUUAGAGGAGAAUUUAGAGGCUUUAAGAUGCUAUAUUGGGAGCAGAACAAUAAAGAAUUUACAGUAUCAAUGAAAGUUAUCAGCCCUGCCAUAGUAGCGAAUACAUCAGGAACUGAAUAUAUGUCUCAGGUCGACUCUUUGCUGUUUGGUGUUACUUAUGAGGCACAGGUAGCAGUCAUCAACAAUUAUUUCACUGGCAUUCCCAACGAUCCUGUUACUUUUAGAACUGGAAUCUUAGUUGGGCCACCAAACAUUCUGACGGCACUGAACCUUGAAACAGAAGUAACUGAAGGUCAACAAGUGACCUUAGCAUGUGAGGUAAAAAGCAAACCCAAGGCUGUGAUAACAUGGUUCAAGGAUAACUCGCAAAUUAUAUCUUCAAGAGAAGGCGUUCAGAUCUUGACUAACGCAUCACUUGUUAUUCAGGUUGUCAUGACAACCGAUGCCGGUGACUAUACAUGCCGUGCAGACAAUGGGUAUCACGUCGCUUACGCCUCCGGCAGACUCGUUGUGAAACGAAAAUCUCAUCUUAAUUCCGGAAGCAACGUCAUGAUGAAUACAUUACUGAUUUCCUUUUUAGCUUGCAUUGGCAAACACAGCGGGCGAUAAAUUUAUUGCUGUUUGAUCUUGAGCUAUGACGUAAUUUUUAUUUUCCUAUGACUAAAUGUAGAUCAACUUUGUCUGUAGGAAACACUAUUAUGUAACAAGACUUAGCUAUAAUCUCUAUUUCCCCUGUAGACAAAGUUUCAAACUAGUCAACAGAGCUUUUUUCUGUUUCCUUAUUUGUUAAAUUUGUUUUUGAAAUCCAAACAAAAAUGUUGUGCAAUUAAAGAAACUUUAAGUUUUCGACACUUAUGUUAAAAUAAAAAAAAAUGUGCA